AUGCUAGUUUCUAAUAAUUUUGCCGAGAUAAAAAGCAACGUGUUCAAACGAUAUAGCAAGGCCAACGUUCACAGUUUGGUAUAUCUUGAUUCAGUCGAGCGGUUCCAUAUUUUGGCAUUCAUCUUGUUUGUUUUAGCUCAAAAUAUCCUUGAAGCUGAGGGUCCUUGGUUUGAAAGUUUUCUUUCUAAUGCACUAGUUGUUUACUUGUGUGAAGUGAUGAUUGAUGUAAUAAAACACUCUUUCAUUGCAAAGUUCAAUGACAUUAAGCCUAUUGCGUUCUCUGAAUUUCUAGAAGAUCUCUGCAAACAGACUCUCAAUAUUCAAACAGAGAAUGAGAAGAAAAACCUCACAUUUGUUCCCUUAGCACCAGCUUGCGUGGUAAUUCGAGUACUGAGUCCAGUAUAUUCUGCUUAUCUCCCUUAUGGUCCGUGUCUGUGGAGACUCUUUUGUAUGUUUGUAUUGUUUGUGCCGACCUUCUUGAUGCUCGCUAGUCUUAAGAUGAUGAUUGGCAUGGGUCUUCAAAAACAUGCGAGGUGUGAAGGACUCAUUACUUUCACUAGAAUAUUCUCUCCAGAGGCUGCUUGCGACGUCAUUGAAGCAGAGAUGCAUUCUCAUGUUUUUUAUGAGGCGGAGCCAGAUAUCUGGAUGGUGAUGGUAGUAGAGAAAAGUAAGGAAUCAGAAGCCAUAUGGCGUAUUGAUGCUUUACAAAGAGUUCUUAAGGAAGUUCAUUCCCUUUUUGUGAUGUUUCAUGGAUCUGUCAGAACAUUGGUUGAUAAGGAACCUACAGGAGGAUUUGUCCGGAGUCAUUUAUAUUAUUUCAUCAUGGAUUAUUUGAGUGAUUUUUUUAUUGGGAAGAAACUUCAGUUUCCAAACUUUUGUAACUCUUUAAAAGAACGUGGAACAGUGCAAAGGUUAACUGUGGGGCGGGAGGCUGCAAUUGAUGUUCAGUCACUGGUCAGAGUAUUAGAAUCCUGUGCUGGGAACUCAAAGUGCUACUCACUUACCAUGUUCCAGGACCUGCUGGUGUCCACAACACUUUCUCCUGACGACACUGUAAACGUUUAUAGUUAUGCUGUCCUAAGGUUAACCCCCCAAGCUCUAUCCUAUGGACUUCACAACCUUACUGUGAUACUCCUAAUUCCAGUCUCUUCUGUCCUCAAUGGGGUGCAAGGGAUUGCUAUGGUGAAGCAACAAAUCCUUGAAAAUGCAUCCCUAAAGAUGUUCAAAGUUGAGGAGAAACUAUCCAGAGGAUGGGGAGGCGAGAAUGCGUAUCAUGUGAGUGGGUAUCGUUAUUUGCUGGUGGAUAGUGAUAGAUACAUAUCUAGGGCGUCUCCUCCUGGAAAAGUAACAACUUUGACAAAGGAUUCCUUAAUUGCCUUGAGUAAGCUUCGAGAAGAGGUUGACUCAGAAAAGAUUAGAGCUAACUCGGAUGGUUUAGGCUACGAGAAGGAUCUCGAAGUAUGCAUUAGAGCUAAAAACAGUGCUUGGCUUAUUGCUCGGCUUACAAGAGGAAAAGAGCUCUAUAUGGUUCUUGAGAAAGCCAAUGAAACACUUCUCUAUGCCUCUGAUGCUGUUGAGAAGUUUAGUGACAGGUAUUGCAAUGGAGCUUUUUCCUUGGAAUAG